AUCGGUGCGCAGAGGCACAGAUCCCUGGACACGCAAAGCUCUUGCAACCAAUAGGGUUGUCUGCAGGGAAUGGGGUCACGUUCAGCAAGUGCAGUAUCUUUGCAGGCAGUGUUGUUACAGCGGAGCUCAGUCUGGUUUAUGUAACUUUCAAUAUAGGCGUUUAGAUAUUACACAGGAAUUCUGAAUAAAUUGACAAGAGCGCGACACAGCUUUUCCAUUAAAGAAAAAAAAACUCAAGACGGACAGUCAAUGUUUUGUUUUUAACAUUCAGAUACUCAAGAUUCCUGCUUCUCAACAUCGAGUGAGAGCCAGCUUUCAUUGGAAGCAAGACAAUAUAAAUGGGUUGUGUUUUGCCUGCUUGCAUUUCAAACCUCCUAACAUCCGAUGUCUGAAGACUAUCUCUAUUCCACCUUGGAGGGGCAGAGCCCUGAGCGGGACCCUGAUUUUGAAGAUGUCCCAGCGUGUUCAGCAUCCAGACCCCGGCUGUACAGAAUGAGCAGCUUUUCAGAAGCCAGGCAUGAAGAGGCAGAGCUUGUGCUUCACUCCGAUGGCAGUGACAGCAGCCAGGACAGGAGAGCCCCCUCGCCCAGGCAGGGCUUGCACAGCGACAUGGAGAUGACGAGCAGUGGCUCCCAUGGGAAUGAAUCUUCAGGGAGUUCCAGUGGGAACGGGAAGGAUUCUGUGCUGUUGGAAUCUUCAGAGAGCAAUAAAAGCGUGAACUCCCAGAGUCCGUCCCCACCCAGCAGCUCCAAUGCAUUCAGUCUCCUCAGUGCCAGUUCUGAGCCUGACAACCCAUCCACUAGUGGCUGCAGUAGUGAAGAGUCUGCGAAGGCCAAGACUCAAAAAGAGUUGCUGAAAACUCUGAAGCAGCUGAAAGUACGCCUCCCUUCUGAAAAGAGGGCCAAAGGGAAAUCCAGCACGCUGGCUACGCUGAAUUACGCACUGCGCUGUGUGAAGCAAGUCAAAGCUAAUGAGGAGUACUAUCAGUUGCUCAUGAUCAACGAAAGCCAGCCCUCCGGUCUUGAUGUUUCCUCUUACACCAUUGAAGAGAUAGACAACAUCACAUCUGAGUACACGCUGAAAAACAAUGAUGUAUUUGCUGUGGCUGUCUCUCUGAUCACAGGGAAGAUUGUUUUCAUCUCCGAUCAAGCUGCGUGCAUCCUGAACUGUAAGAGAGAGGUGUUCAGGAAUGCCAAGUUUGUGGAGUUCCUGUUGCCACAAGACGUGAGCGUCUUCUACAGCUUCACAGCACCUUACAGGCUGCCAUCCUGGAGCAUGUGUUCUGGGGCCGAGUCAUCGCCUCCAGACUCCAUGCAGGAAAAAUCUUUUUUCUGUCGCAUCAGCGGAGGGCAAGAGCGAGUGGGAGAAAUGCAGUACUGCCCGUUCCGGAUGACUCCUUACCUGAUGAAGGUACAGCACUCUAAACAUGCUGAGGACCAUUUCAGCUGUCUGCUGCUUGCAGAAAGAGUACACUCUGGAUAUGAAGCACCCAGGAUUCCUGCAGAUAAGAGGAUCUUUACCACCACCCACACCCCGAGCUGCAUGUUUGAGGAUGUGGAUGAAAGAGUGGUGCCACUGCUGGGUUAUCUUCCUCAGGACUUGAUAGGGACACCUGUGUUGCUGUAUCUGCACCCCAGCGACAGGCAUUUGAUGUUGGCUGUCCACAAAAAAAUUUUGCAGUGUGCAGGGCAGCCCUUCACAGAUCAUUGUGCAGUUCGGUUUUGUGCUCGGAACGGAGAAUAUGUUACUAUGGAUACCAGCUGGUCUAGUUUUGUCAACCCUUGGAGCAGGAAGGUGUCGUUUAUCAUAGGAAGACAUACAGUCAGAACUGGUCCUGUAAAUGAGGAUGUCUUUGCCGCUCCACCGUUUACCGAGGGUAAAAUAAUCGAUUCUGAUAUUCAGGAAAUCACAGAGCAGAUUUACAGGCUUUUGCUCCAGCCGGUGCACAGCCAUGGCUCCAGUGGGUAUGGGAGUUUAGGAAGCAAUGAAUCACGUGAGCAUUUAAGAAGUGUGGCUUCAUCCAGUGAGAGCUUUGGUCAUCUAAAUGAAGAGUCACAAAAGGAGAAGCCUAGAACAUUUCAAGAGAUCUGUAAAGGUGUACACAUGCUCAAGAACCACGGGCCGCAGAUCUUUAUUGAGUCCAGAGCUAAACUGGAGCCGAAGAAACACAGCUCUGCUGCUGAACCACAAAAGGACUCAAAUGUGAGGACCAAAGACACUCUCCUUAUCUCUGGGAAUGGUAAUACAACAGGCAUUUCUGAGAAAACAAACACCAAGUCUGAAGAGAUAAGCAAUAAGGAACAGACCGUUUAUUCCUACCAGCAAAUCAGCUGUCUUGACAGUGUUAUCAGGUUUCUGGAUAGCUGUAAUAUCCCAGUCACUGUUAAGAGGAAAUGUGUGUCUUCCUCCAACACUGCAUCUUCUGACAACUCUGACAAAGACAAGCAGGGUGUCACUGAUGACAGCAUGCUACUUUCUCAAGCAGACUCUCCCUUGUUAGACCAUCAAGCUGAUCUUGCUUCGUUGAAGUCGCCUGAAAACGCUUCUGCAGCAGCGGUAGUUGGCGCUUCACUGACCCUGCUUGCUUUACCCAGCAAGGCUGACAGUGUUGUGUCCAUUACCAGCCAGUGUAGUUACAGCAGUACUCUUGUUCACGUUGGGGACAAGAAACCACAGCCUGAAUCCGAAAUAAUGGAAGAGGGUCCGAGUGGUAUUGAACCAGUGGAGAGCCAGCCCCCUCCCCCUCCCCCUCCCCCUCCCCCUCCAGCCAGUGCAGUGCCAGUGGUGAGCCAGGAGAAGGAAGCUUACAAGAAGCGGGGCCUCACCAAAGAGGUGCUGGCAGCGCACACGCAGCAGGAGGAGCAAGCCUUCCUCAGCAAGUUCAAAGAGCCCCGGGGGUUCCGCAUGUUUCAAUCUCCUUGCAGCUUCUACAUGCAGGAGAAACACAAGGGGCACAAAUGUGCACAAGGUUUACAAACACCCAGACAGAGAGGGCAGGAUGCCACUGAACCCCCCUUUAAGAAGGCAGGGAGAAACAAGAAAACCAAGUCUAAACGUGUGAAGCAAUGUGACUCAUCAGACAGCACCUCUUCACACAAUCAGCAGCCACACAGGCCCCCUCUUGUGGGCCUAAACCACACCCCCUGGUCCCCCUCAGAAACCUCUCAGUCCAGCUACCCUGCUAUGUCCUUCCCUACGGUUGUGCCAGCUUACCCAAUGCCAGUCUUGACUGCACCAGGAGCUAUGCCUCCUGCCACCAACCCAUCUAUGUGUGGCUUUGGGGAUGGGCAGAGUGCCCAGGAGAAUUGCGGCCAAAUGCAGCCGCCACAGUAUUCGGCACCUUUAGUUACUCCAAUGGUGGCAUUCGUGCUCCCAAAUUAUAUGUUCCCGCAGAUGAACAGUGCAGUCCACUCGUCCUUUUACCCCGGACAGCCCUCUUUCCCCCCACAUCCAACAUUCUCAGCCCAAGCUGCGUUCCCCGUUCCGUCGGCAUUCCCAGGACAGCCCCAGUUUGGCGCUCCCAAUCCCAAUGUUUUCCAGGCGUACCCCCAGUUUCCUGGGCAGCCGUUCCAUUACAACAUGCCGAUGGAGAGUGAGCAGCGUGAUGGGCCGUCCCGCUCCUCUACCCCCCAGUCGGUCGGGGUGCAGGACCAAGCCUCUCCACCUUUGUUCCAGUCGAGGUGCAGCUCUCCUUUGCAACUGAAUCUCCUGCAGCUGGAAGAGACGCCCAAGAUGGUGGAGAGGCAGGAAGCGAGACCUUCUGCCAUGUCCCUAGGGGCUGCUGGGACUGCAGGAGACAGAGACAAAGGAGCUGCCACGAGCAAGGAGUCAGAGGGCCUGGCACACAUUCAUCCUGGUGUAGUAAACUCGUAUGGAGCACCUGCCAAUAUCCCUAUUUCCUCUGGAUCCUUUUAUUCCAAGGAUCAGGGGUUAAAGUCAGAAGAAAACCUUGCAUGGGAUAAAGUGAGCUGUAGAGGUUGUUGGAACAUUGAGGGCGAAUCCCCAGGUGAAGGCCAGGUCAGUGAUGUCCUCUCCUCCUCCAGCGAUCUGCUUGACAUUCUGCUGCAGGAAGACUCGCGGUCUGGCACAGGGUCAGCAAACUCGGGGUCCUUGGGCUCGGGCUCCAAUGGGUGUGGCACCUCAGGCAGUGGCACAGGGAGCAGCCAGACCAGCAAUACCAGCAAGUACUUUGGAAGCAUCGACUCUUCUGAGAACGAUCACCAACUGAAAGGCAAGACCGGCAUGGAAAAGAAAGAGGGCACUGGCUUCGUUAAAUACGUCCUCCAGGAUCCAAUGUGGCUGCUGAUCUCUAAUGCAGACGAUUCGGUCAUGAUGACUUAUCAGGUGCCGACACGAGAUUUUGAGACGGUUCUCAAAGAAGACAGAGACAAGCUGAAACAGAUGCAGAAAGCCCAGCCCAAGUUCAGGAUGGAACAGAAGAGUGAGCUAGUGGAGGUUCACCCCUGGAUGAAGAAGGGUGUCCUGCCUGAAGCUAUCGAUGUCGCAGAAUGCCUUUGCUCUGUGGAGAGUACUCAAGGUGGUGCAUCCACUGCCUUUGACGUGGAUAUACAGAACAUUGAACUCUGUGCAAUGGUCAAACCCAGUGAGGAGGGCAGUUUGAGGACACUGAGUGUUACAAACGAAGAGCAAAUACAUGCAGAAGCAAGUCCAAUGUCCUAACAGCAAGACAGGCAAUUAAUGAGAAACAGACUCAGAACCAGAAAUAGAAAGUGAUUGUAGCAAACUAGCAAACAAAAUAAUGUCAUGAAUCUUACCUGUUUGGUUCUCACUUUAGCUACAUAGGUCUCAAGUAUAUUUCAUUUGAAGCAUGAUACCUGGGACUACAUUGAAAAGCGCUCAGUUUCCAUGCCCUUUUCUCUCAGGAAGUUACAUUUGCACUUCCUAGCUCGUUUCACCUCAGCAGUGUCUUGCUAUCCAGGACAAAGAAUACUACUGGCUGAAAGCAUGUCAGUCAACAGGGGAGGCAGCUGGUUGGUUAAUGACUGGAAAUUCUAGAAUCGAAGUGCAACACUAUGUGAAAGCAGGACCAGAUCUAUCAUCAUGUUUUAAAAUAAAAACAUGUUUAUAUUUAUUUAAAAACUGCAUCUAGAAACCUAUAUGAAACAGUAGUGGGCAACAAGUAAGAAAUAUGAUUUAUUUUUUGUUCAGCUGCAAUCAGUUGAACAAUGCAACCACUUGAGAGACACUGUGUGCAUUGUAUGGUGUUGUGAGAUCAGGCUGGUGUAAGUGCAGUAAAACCUGCAUUACAGGUUCACCAAAGGGGCUGCUACAGACAGGUGACUGCUUAAUGCUUAUUCAAAGUGUGUCAGUCAUUCACUUGUAUUGGAAGAAGGGAUGGCUGUUUUUGGAUUCUCUGUGAUCACUGUCUAGUAAGAUCUGGGGCUGGUUUUUCAAAACUUUGCUAAUCAAAUUAACGCAUUUGAUCUGGAUUAUGUUGUGCAAUUGGGUUUUUGAAAAUGCGAUCGGAAUUACUGUGAUCCAAAUUAAAAGUUUUGAAAAACCGGCCCCAGGUGACCAUAAAUACAGGUUUUACUGUAUGUAUUAUGAAUAUUUGUUUAUUUAUUUACUUCGCAUCCAAUUUGUUGAGUAUUUAUUUGUGUUAACCAUGACAUUCAGUGCUGGCUGUACUGUGAGAGAACACUUGAUAUUUUACACUGGUUUUGCCACUCUCUUUUUUUUAAAUCUUUCUAUCACUGCUUCUGUUUUAGGAAUUCCUCUUUUGUUCAGUAUAUAUAAUAUGUUUUGUAAUUUGGUUUUAUAUAUUUGAAAGGUAAUUUAAGUGACAUACGCGUAUAAGAAGAAACGGCCACUGUAGGCGCUAGUUGAACUUUGAAACAGUCACUGUGUUACUGGUUCAUGUCUGCGGAUAAAAAAUAAAGUGCAAUUGUGUUUGUCUACAGUGACCAGGUAUCCGGGAUUCUUGCAAGCAAUUUUGCAUUGUGGAAUAAAAAGAAACAGUAUAGUAAGGAUGAAUUUAAACUAGGUGCCCCACAUUUAAACUAACCAGCAAACUAAAAUACGUACCGCGCAGACGUUUCAUGUUGUGUUCUCUUAACAUCAUGUCAUUGUUUUGAUACACCUUAAAGCAAUACACAUAUAUGUUGGUCUUUUAAGUGUUGUUGGACAAAGUCUUCAUGCACUGGUACAAUGUGUUUUUUAAUUUGAAAAUUUAAAAAGAGGAGAAAGGUUUGUUUGUCCAUAAAAUUAGGUUUAGGGGGUUAUUUGUACAGUUACAGAGCAAAUAAAGAAGAAUAUGAAAAAAGGACAAUGUGUCUCAGGUAUCCAGAGCUACUGUAUGUAACUGAAUUGCUCAGAGGGUGGAUCCAUAUUAUUUGGGUUAAAAUGACCAACCAAUGAUUAGCCUCAGUUUGUCCUAGGCAAUAUAGAUUAACCUUUUCAUCUGCCUUGGAAAUGUUUUUAAAUUAGACUUGCCUUGUUUGCUCUGAUGAAACCUUUCAUUAAAAUACAGGCGUCAUUACCCUACAGUACAGCACCACUGCUACAAUAUUGGCAAGCACAGUGCUGUUCAAUUCACAGUCAUUCUCAAAAGUCAAUUCGCUAUGCAUCAUUUCCCUGCUUUUAUCCAUGGUCUUUACAGCAGACUCGCUCACCAGUCAUAUGUAGGAACAGGAGUGUCUAUUUGAAUCCUGUUUACAAAUUUAUAAUAAUGAAGGAGUAAAAACACUCUUUGAUACCUGGGACUGGUGGAUUAGCACAGUGACAUGUACACAGUAUUCUACUGGAUUAGCACACUGACAUGUACACAAUAUUCUAGUGGAUUAGCACAGUGACAUGUACACAGUAUUCUACUGGAUUAGCACACUGACAUGUACACAAUAUUCUAGUGGAUUAGCCCAGUGACAUGUACACAAUAUUCUACUGGAUUAGCACACUGACAUUUACACAAUAUUCUACUGGAUUAGCCCAGUGCCAUUUACACAUUAUUCUCU